AUGCAGAGAGGCUCAUCCCGCCGCGGUUCCGGGAGGGGGAGGGGGAGAGUGUGUGUGCGCGGUGUGUGUGUGCCGUGUGUGUGUAUACAGCGCUGGGAGGGGUGCGCAUGCGCCAUGCGUGGCGGGGCUGAAUGUUUCCCAAGUGUUUGAAACUGGUAUUUGGGUUUUCCACGUUGGAUCAAGUGCGGCGUAUGGGAGCGAGGAGGCUGCGUUAAUAUCACCGGAGAGCAGCGGCGGCGACGGCGGUGAGGAGAGCGGGGAAAGGGGGAGCGGAGGAGAAGCGGAGCAGAGCGGCGCUGGCGCAUACAGAGGGGCUGCCGCUGCUCCUGACAGACACUUUACAGAGCACAUUUUGUUUCCAGAUUGUUUCGGAGGAGCUGGCUUAAGCCCCCCUCCUUUCUCCUCCUCCUCCCUCUUCCCCCCUCCCUUCACACACACACAAAUCCCUCUGAUUGUUCCUACCACCUCCUUCGUGAAUUACCCACAACGACAGCCAUUCAAUCAGCUGCUGCUGGCUGUAGGGGACUAGCGGAGGGUGUGUGUGUCUCUCUCCCUCUGUUUCAUACAAGAGGAGUCAGAUGUAGCUUUUCUCGGUUUUUUUGGGGGGGAGCUACGGAGAGAGGUGGGCAGGGAGUGAGCCGUUCAUUGGGGUUACCGUCUUUGGAGGGAGCAGCACUUGCUUUCGCACAGACAGAGAGAGGUGUGGGGAAGGAUAUUUUUUUUUUCUUUGCCGGAUGAAAAUGUUGAGUCCUGCAAACGGAGACCAGCUUCACCUAGUGAACUAUGUGGAAGAUUAUCUGGACUCCAUCGAGUCUAUGCCCUUCGAUCUGCAGAGAAAUGUCUCCUUGAUGAGGGAAAUAGACGCCAAAUAUCAAGAGAUUCUGAAGGACCUGGAUGAUUACUAUGAAAAAUUUAAACGAGAGACAGAUGCCGUGCAGAAGAGAAGAAUGUUGCACUGCAUACAGAGAGCCUUGAUUCGGAGUCAGGAACUAGGCGAUGAGAAGAUCCAAAUCGUCAGUCAGAUGGUGGAGCUCGUUGAGAACAGAACGAGGCAAGUGGAUAGCCACGUGGAACUGUUUGAAACUUGUCAAGAACCUAAUGAUACCACUGGAAACAGUGGGAAAGCCAGCCAAGACAAGUCAAAGAACGAGACAAUCACACAGGCUGAAAAGCCCAACAACAAGAGAUCCAGGCGGCAAAGGAACAAUGAGAAUCGAGAGAAUGCUUCAAAUAAUCAUGAUCAUGAUGACAUCACCUCAGGAACUCCAAAGGAGAAGAAAGCAAAAACAUCCAAGAAGAAGAAACGCUCCAAGGCCAAAGCAGAAAGGGAAGCUUCUCCGCCAGACCUUCCUAUUGACCCUAAUGAGCCAACAUACUGCUUGUGCAACCAAGUCUCCUAUGGAGAAAUGAUAGGAUGUGAUAACGACGAGUGCCCCAUUGAGUGGUUUCACUUUUCUUGCGUGGGACUCAAUCAUAAACCGAAGGGCAAAUGGUAUUGCCCCAAAUGUAGAGGAGAAAAUGAGAAAACUAUGGACAAGGCAUUGGAGAAGUCUAAAAAAGAAAGGGCCUACAACAGGUAGUUUGUGGACUUUGCAUAGGCAAAGAGAAGUAAAACCACCAAACCAGUGUAUUUAUUGUCAGUGUCACCUUUGUUGAGGUGAAAGGAUUGUAAAAUGUAUAUUUUUAAAGCAGGUUUAAAACUGAACCAUUCCUGUUAUAGGGACGGCAAUAAGCAAUUUUGUUUUUAUUUGGUAAACUGUAACAAGAAUGUGGUCUGUGGACCAAUGUAUUCCAAAAGUAAAGUUACAAGAGUUUAAACUGAAUAUUUGGGUGGGUCUUUAAAAGAUAAAUUACUACUUCUUUUUUCCUCCUUCUUUGUUUUUUUUUAGUGCUGCUAGCACUUUUCUCAUUAAAAUUUUGAUGACAAAUAUCUCUGCAAUGUACUUUUGUUUUCUUUAAUGAAAAAUGUUACUUAACCUUUCGAGCAAAAAUUGUUAAAUAGUUUCUCCAUCUGGUUGUAUCUGAAUAAAGCUGCAAUACAUCACAAAUGUAACUUCUUUCUCUGAGAAGCAUCGCAAGAGGGAACAAAAGGAGGGUACAAUUUGGUUCCUGCUACAAAGUGUCAGUAUAACACUUCAACAGCAAAUGUUUAAAUAGGCUUAGAGGAUUAUUUAAAUUACCAA